AUGGAAGAAGACGACGAUGAAGAUUAUUCAUCCUCUAGUGGACCGGCUUCGAUCCUCCGAAAUCUGCAACAUGAAAGCGAGAACCGUGAUUCUCCUAAUAGUUCCUUGACCUCGGUGUCGACUGCUUCAUCGGUCACUGAACAGAAGGUCAAGGUUACCGUCAAACAAGAGGUCAAGCCCGAAACUCCAGAGAAGGCAAUCCCGUAUAUGUUCUUGAAGGCACCAGCAACGUGUCGAGCGAAAUCGUCCAUUCCUUCUCGCCUAUCUCCGUCCGAAUAUGCAAACCAAUGUGUGGCAGCCGCCGAAGCCUCGAGGCUCAACCCAUAUGCUUUGCACGAGGAUGAACACAAGUUACUACAGGACAAACUAUGUUACUCGCACGUUACGGUGUACCUGAAUAUACGGAAUGGCAUCCUUCGGUUGUGGACCCGGAAUCCAAGCGUCAGCGUGACCCUCGAAGAGGCAAUCGGCUGUGCAAGAGAUGAGCGAUGGACCCGUUUAGCUUGCUUUGCAUACGAGUGGCUUCUUCGUCGGGGCUAUAUCAACUUUGGGUGUGUUGAGCCUGCGGCAAUCCCCAAAGCAACGGGCCGGGGCCGCAAGAAAGAGCCUCAACGAGAGACCAUUGUCGUCAUUGGUGGUGGUGUGGCCGGUUUGAGCACUGCAAGACAACUAACGAAUCUAUUUCACCACUACCCAGACCGUGCUGCACCUAGGAUCAUUGUCCUAGAGGGUCGUGAUAGAAUAGGUGGGCGUAUCUACUCACAUCCUCUUACUAGCAUGCGAACUUCAAAACUAGCCCCCGGUCAAAGGCCGACGGCGGAAAUGGGUGCUCACAUCAUUGUCGGAUUCGAACGCGGGAAUCCCCUCGAUGCCAUUGUUCGGGGACAGCUGGCACUGGACUAUCACCUCCUCCGAGACCUCUCUACCCUCUACGAUAUCGACGGCACCCCGGUCAACGGUGCUAACGAUGCGAUGAUCGAGCGGCUCUACAAUGACAUCCUAGACCGAACAGGCCACUAUCGCCUCAAACAUACCGUCAAAAAGACUGCUCAGGGUGAUAAGGAUUACAUCGAUGCGGGGCGUGAUCCUCCCGACGAAGAGUCUAUUACAAUCAAACAAUAUGAAGAAGCUACCGCGUUGGGUACUAUAGACCAGUUAUUACCAAAGAAAAAGUCAAGAAGAAGAGGAGCAGGACACAGAGCCGCUAAGGGCGACAAGUCAUCAGAAGAAGUCGAUACAAACAUGGAUACCAAGAUGCAACUGCCUGCGGCCCAAGCGGCGAAAGAAUUUGGAUUCAUGUUGCGGAAGACGACACAAAUGCACGAGACACUUGAGCUUGAUGAUCUUGCCAGGCAGCUUAACCAGUCUCUAGGUGCGGUGAUGGACGCUGGUGUUGACCAGUAUCAGCAGUUCCUCGACCUGAAGCCCUACGCCUUACGCCUGUUGAACUGGCACUUCGCCAACCUCGAAUAUGCAAAUGCUGCCAACGUGGACAAGCUGAGCCUUCGAGGAUGGGAUCAGGAUAUUGGAAACGAGUUCGAGGGCGAACAUGCCCAAGUUGUUGGCGGCUACCAACAAGUGCCCCGUGCCUUGUGGCGUCAUCCAGAGCCGUUGGAUGUAAGAACCCGUAAAGUGGUCAAGAGCAUCAAGUACAGUGCUGCCGGUUCGCAGACCAAAGCCACUGUCACAUGUGAAGACGGCCAAUCGAUUGAAGCCGAUAGGGUCGUCUUCACCGCACCCUUGGGUGUUCUCAAGAAUCAAUCCAUACAGUUUGACCCUCCUCUACCCCAGUGGAAGCGGGAUGCCAUUCGCCGGAUGGGCUUCGGGUUACUCAACAAAGUCGUUCUUGUCUUCGAGAGACCGUUCUGGGACGUCCACCGGGACAUGUUUGGUCUCCUGCGUGGUCCUCGCAACGGGCCCGGUCUUCAACAAAGCGAUUACAAAGAGGGCCGUGGCCAGUUCUACUUGUUUUGGAACUGCAUCGAGACCACUGGCCUCCCGGUACUGAUUGCGCUGAUGGCUGGAGAGGCCGCGCAUGAGGCCGAAAAGAUACCUGACGAAGAGCUAGUCGGGCAAUGCCUGGGUCAGCUCCGGAACGUGUUCGGCCCUACAAACGUGCCCAUGCCCAUUGAGUCUAUCGUCACCCGAUGGGGUUCGGAUCGGUUUGCUCGGGGCACUUAUUCUUUCGUCGCCGCCGAGGCCAGACCUGGGGACUAUGAUCUGAUUGCGGCGCCAAUCCAGAAUCUCUUUUUUGCUGGAGAAGCUACCAUUGCUACGCAUCCUGCCACCGUGCAUGGUGCGUAUCUUUCGGGUCUUCGGGCAGCUCACGAGGUUUUCGAGUCAAUGGUCGGUCCCAUCGCCAUCCCGCCGACCCUAGUGCCUCCCGCAACUGCUUCAAAAGGGUGCUCGGCCUCUGCCGAGUUGACGCUGAUGGACACCCAUAUGGCUGUCGGAGGCAAAAGGAAAGGCGACGAGCUACUUCCGGCCGGCACUUUUACCAGGCCUGUCAAAGAAAAGGACAAUUCUCUGCAAGAAGCGUGGGAUGCUGCGAUGUGGGUCCGAAUUUACGACGACCUUGGCCCCCCGCCGGUCAAGCCUGCGAAACUCACUGUCAAUGCUUUUUUGCUGUAUUCUGGUGAGCACUGGGACGAGGUCAAGAAUCGACUGGGUGGAGAGCGGAAAAAGACUGGCAGAAAGAGCAAACAUUCGGAGCGUGACCAGGUGCGGAUUGAGCUGGGGAAAAUGUGGGCUGCUCUUUCGGAAGAGGAAAAGAAGCCGUACACGGAUCGCAUCCAACAAAAUAGGGAAGAGAACGAACGGGCGAUGAAGGAGUGGGCUGCCAAGGCAGCAGAGUGGGAUCGACGUACUUGGGAAGUGAAAGACGUAUGGAUUAAAGAGGGGAACAGCUUCGAGGAGUUUUGCCGGCGCAAACGUGAAGACGACGCGUUGAUGGAUGCAGCUGCGGGAGCAAAGCGGGCCAAACUAUAG